AGAAAGUAGGCGUAAAUGCAUAGCAUAGUACCAUUGGGUUGAAGUUUGCCCCUCCCUUGUUAUAUAUAAAUAAUAACAACCGGGAGCUGUGCUAGCAUGUGGAACGAGAACCUGUGGGACAAGUAGCACGUUUUCCUAUAGCACUUAAAGCAGUCAGGUUCCUGAAUACCUCAUUCGUUUGCCGAGUUAUCUAAGCGGAAACACCGGAGAAAGCAGCAGCAUGUCGGUGGACAGCGUGUUCAGGACCCGCUCUCUCGGUGUGGCCGCCGAAGGUCUUCCUGACCAGUAUGCCGACGGCAAGGCAGCCAAAGUCUGGGAGCUGUACAUCGGAGACACGCAGAGUAGGACGCAGGAAUACAAAAGCUGGGUGGUCGCUUUGCUAAAAGAGCAAGGGGUGAAGAAAGUGCUGGAUGUAGCCUGCGGAACAGGAGUUGACUCCAUCAUGUUGGUGGAGGAGGGAUUUAACAUGACGAGCGUGGAUGCCAGCGACAAAAUGCUCAAGUACGCACUGAAGUCACGAUGGGAGAGAAGAAAAGAACAAGCUUUUGACCAGUGGGUGAUUGAAGAGGCCAAUUGGUUGACGUUAUCAGAGGAUCUUCCAAAACCAGGCCCUGGCUUUGAUGCUGUCAUCUGCCUCGGCAACUCAUUCGCCCAUUUACCAGAUUUUAAAGGGGACCAGAGUGACCAAAGGUUGGCCCUUCAGAACAUUGCCAGUAUGGUGAGACCUGGUGGGAUCCUCAUCAUUGACCACCGUAACUACGACUACAUCCUGGAGACCGGCCAGGCGCCACAAGGCAAAAAUAUCUACUAUAAGAGUGAUCUCACUCAGGACAUCUCUACCUCUGUGCUGUGGGUCAACAAUAAGCCCCAUAUGAUCACUCUGGACUACACCAUCCAUGUGCCCAAGGCCGCUCUGCAAAAUCUACCUGAAGUCAGUAAAUUCCGUCUCUCCUACUACCCUCACUGUCUGGAGAGCUUCACUGGGUUACUGAAGGAGGCGUUCCACGGCAAAAUGGAGCACAGCGUCUACGGAGACUUCAAGACAUACGUCCCUGCCCAGGCCCAGGCCCCCUGCUACUUCAUCCACGUCUGCAAGAAGACCGCCUAGAAGCCACACACACACACACACACACACACACACACACACACACACACACACACACACACACACACACACACACACACACACACACACACACACAGAGAGAGCUUAGAAAAUAAUAGCUUCCUGUUCUCUUUAAGUCUGAACAUGCUCUUCCAGAUUUGGGCAACAUUAUAUUUGAAUAUGUUUUUAAAAAAAAAAAAUCUUAGAUCUUGAUAACAAAUUUAAAAAAGCAGCAUAUUUGCGACACUGUAGAGUGGUGCAGGAAUGAGUCCGUUAAUGAGUUCGCAUUUUAGCACUUGCUGUUUCCUUAAAGUCAACGGGUAGUACAAGCUGAAGAGAUGUUUUAAAUGUGAUCUACGAUAGAAAACACCUCAGUAAGUAGUCCACUGGGGAUUUUCUGGAGCUUCUAUUUGUCUAACAUGAGGCUAAAUGAGACUACUAAACAUCAUCAUGGCGAACAUUAGCCGCCUUUAGCUUAGUGGCGGUGACAUUAAGUAAUCUUUGAAGCCUAACAUUAGCUAUUUACGUAUGUCGGUCCACUUAAAAAACAAAUCAUUAAGUGGUGUUAGUAUCUGGAGAUUAUCCUGCUGAACAAAAUGUGUAGUUAUCAGUUACAUGUGUUUGCCACAGAUCUUAAAGCAAGUGGAAAAAUCCCAUUGCUUUUUGUGGAGGGAGCCCUUUGCGAUGCUAACUUCCGGGUCGGCCUACGUCAUCACUGCACCACUCUGUCAUCGUUUUACUUUGUGUCAUGAACAUACGAAAGCUGGAAUGAUAAUCAUAUUUGUUUUUUUAAAUGAUCAUAGUCGGGUAAUUCAUGCAUUAUCCUGAUUGUAAAAAGUGAGCUAAAAUAUUUGGCUUUACCUAAUACAAUUGGUUGAUUCAUAUCUCACCUUUUUACUUAGUCCCAAAAAAUAACAGUCUUAAAAGAUCAAAACUGGUUUGAAAAAUAUAUUCAAAAUGUAUCGGACCACUGUCUUCCCCAUAUCGUUUUUUUCCCAAUGUUCUUUAUGUUGCUUUUCUUGUUUCCUCCUUACUUACCGCCUUUCGGAGCUUUAAUAUCCCACAAUAAUGUUUUGAAAUGGUGCGGUACAUCACUGAUAUUCCUCAUGAUGGAACACUUGAUAUUACCAGCAUGUUAUGUACAAAGUGCUUGGAUAUUUUCAAACAAUUGAACUUUACCACAA